CAGUUCAACAUCGUCUAAAAGCCAUUGUAACCCUACACUACCAUUAUCAACCUCACCCAACCUAUCAGUCAAAAUGAAGGUAUCAGCAAUUCUGUUCGCCUCCCUUUCCACCAUCCUCCCCGCCCUAUCUCACCCACUGGAAGAGCGCGAUGGUGUCCAGACGGUCCACCUGACCUUCCACGGCGGCCCCGCGUCCUACGUGCUCAACAUACCCGCAGACGGACAGGUGUAUCCUACUAACAACGACAUCUCGGUGAACAUCAUCGACGCGCCCGACUACAACGCCAUCUCGCAGUGUACGUUCUACACCGGCGGCGAGAAGGCGCUGGUGAGCGGCAUCACGCCGCAGGGCGUCCAGCAGGUCAUCAUCGGGCCGCCCCAGCCCGUCACCGGAGUCAGCUGCUUCGGGUUCUGCGUCCCGACGUACGGGGCGUGCUACGAUACCAACGGGCAGAGCGUCGGGCCGUGUUGCAACGGCUUCUGUGCCGCGACGCGCUGCAGACCCUGGAUCCAGCCGUACUAGAACACGAGAGACAUCUUCUUUGUGGUCCCCCGACAUUCUCAACACCCAAGAGGAAGAGGAAGCGUGGGGCACCGGGGCAAGAGGACACCGUACGUGCAGUGCAGUGUCUUUGCGCAAUGAGUUAAUGGUGCCAUCCUGACCCAUAGCAGUAAAACCUAUUUUACAUGCCGAAUUUGAGACAGUGAAUUAUCCUUUCAGUCUUUGAUGAUGGACAGAACUUAUGGUGAGCGCGCCAUCUCACAUGCAUUGGUGCCUGACCGAGACUCGCGGCCCGGUCCGGAUGGGUGGGGCCGACUCCGAUCCCAGUGUCUGUUAGCGGGUCCGGGUCGGAUGCAGAGUCGGGUCUCAGUCCGCUCCUCGAUAACGCAAGCCGUGUUGUCAGCUCACUCAAUGGGUAGACGGGCCGUGUCACCUUUCAGUCCAAUGAAACACUUCCGGCUAUAUCCUUCGAACCCCGCGCUCUGGGCUUGUGCAUUUGUAAUCUCGGUUCCCUGUGGACAUAGUUUCGUGU